AUGAUGCACGACUCUAAAGAGAAAGAGUUGAAGAUCACUGCAGAGAUCAGACAGAAGUGCAGGUGUUACGGCUGCAGCGGAUCAGUCUGCUCUCACUGGAGUGAUAAAGUGACUCUUGUCUCGGAGAUACCUGAACCUGUUCUGACUGUUCAGCCUGAACCAUCCCAGAUAUUCAGAGGAGAGACUGUCACUCUCACAUGUGACAUACAGGGGGAAGGAUCGACAUAUAGAUGGCAGUGUGGAGAUGAUAGAGGAGAGCACGACUCUAAAGAGAAAGAGUGCAAGAUCACUGCAGAGAUCAGACAGAAGUGCAGGUGUUUCGGCUGUAGAGGAUCAGUCUGCUCUCACUGGAGUGAUGAAGUGACUCUGACUGUGUCGGACAAACCCAGAGUAACUGUGAAGCCCCAGAGUUCAGUGUUCACUGGAGACACAGUUACUCUGAGCUGUGACGUGAGACACUCAACUGGACUGAGGAUUAUCUGGUACAAAGACUUCCAGAUAAUACAAUCUGGUGAUGAGACAGUAACACUGAGAGAUGUGAGAGUCUCUGAUGGAGGACAGUACAGUUGUGGUGUACUAAGAGAAAAACCCAAAAAACAAGGUCAAAGAGUCACGCUAACAGUAAGAGAGAGACCCAAAGCUGUAUUGCGUGUUCAGCCUGACGGACGAGUGUUCAGAGGACAGACGGUCACUCUCACAUGUGACAUACAGGAGACAGACGUCACUAGCUGGACCUACAGCUGGAAGAAAGAUGAUUCACAGAUUCAUGUCAGUCGAUCACAGGAAUACAGAAUCAGUUCAGUUAGUGAAUCUCACACAGGUCAUUACAGCUGUAGUGGAAGAGAGACGCGAGGAUCACGACACACACACACCAGUGAUGAAGUUACACUGACGCUUUCAGGAUCUCCUGCUCUGAUCAUUGGAGUGACUACAGGAUUGAGCGUCUUGUUUCUGCUCAUGUUCUUACUGGUCCUGCUGUGGCGCUGCAAACACAACAAAGGUUCCUCUCACCUCCUCAAAAAAACAUAUACAGACAAACUUCACGAUAUUGAUCGAUGGAAGCAUGCAGACACAGUGAAUGGGCCUUCGGAUGUGACCUAUGCUGAGAUUGACCUGAAACCAGUGAAGGGAAUGAAGAAGAAAAAGAAAGAAAACAAAGGAAAGACCGGUGAGAGUUCUGACACGGUUUACUCCAAACUGACCAUCGCAACAGGUUAA